CCUUGUGGUGGCCCUGCCGUGCCCUGCCUUGUUCUUUACUUCUUUAUCUUCCUUCGACUUCCAGCGGCGAUUCAUAGCUCUACAUCUUCCAUUUCGGGAUCACGGAGCCCGGCACUUGGUGAUCGGCGAAGAUCGGUCUACCGGAUUUUCCAGUCUGAUCUCUUAGUCAGACAACCAAAGAAAAUCCAAACAACAAAUGUUCCUAAUAAGCCCAGAUCAUAACUGCUCACUCGUCGUCUCUUAUUGAUCAUCUCUUCUUUCAACUCUCGUUCUCCUAGUUUACUAAAUUGAGGUGUGGAGAAAGGGAAAUGGAGGAGGAAGAAUUCAGGAAGAGAAACACGGAUUGCGUCUACUUCUUGGCCUCUCCUCUCACAUGCAAGAAGGGGAUUGAUUGUGAGUAUCGACACAACGAGCUUGCAAGGCUCAACCCGAGAGAUUGUUGGUACUGGUUGGCUGGCACCUGCGUUAAUCCAACCUGCGCUUUUAGACAUCCACCACUGGAUGUUCAUACUGAAGAACCUUCUGAAUCGGCCUCAUUGUCACACCAGUCGUCUGUUCCUGCGAACAAGGGCAGCAUCCCCUGUUAUUUUUUCUUCAAUGGAUUCUGCAAUAAAGGUGACAAAUGCCUAUUUUUGCAUGGUCCUGAUGGCAAUGUAGCUUUUGGGAAACCUUCUAAGACAAAGUCAGCUGUCCCUGAUGUAGUUCCCUCUGAAAAUAAGUCGCUAGCAGGAAAUAAUAUUCGUUCUACACUAAUUGAUGCUCAUCUUAAUCCAUCUGAAAAUGUUCCAGAGGUACCAGCGGACAUCCAGUUACGAUGCAAAAAUGUUCUCCAGCUUCCUGUCCCCAUUGAUGCUCUGCAGCAAAGUCCAUCUCCACUGAUAGAUGUAUUUGAGAGCAAAGAAGCUGCUAUGCACAUGUCUAACUCCUUGGUUCCAGUGCAGGGCUUUAUCCAAAAGAGAUCUGGUUGGUGCAAAGAUCAGAGUUCAGAGGAAGAACUGGAUAACCAUAUUGAUCCAGAAGAUUUGAGGGAAUCUUCCCCGGGCUUUGAUGUUCUUGUGGAUGACGACAAAUCACAGCAUAUGGGUUAUGAGGAUAAUCCAGAGUACUUAUUGGUUCAUGAUGGAGAAUGCGCGGAACUGAAUAGCCACUUCUUGGGGUAUGACUUUGAAGACCCAAUUGAAUGUAAUCAUAUGUACACUGAAGUGGAACUUGUACAUGAGGGUAAGAGAGAUGAUUCUUUUGAUUGUUUAGACAACGAGCAUUUGUUUGACAAUGCCAGAAAGGUUCUUAGGCACUCAAGGCAGAGGAUAAUUGACACCAUAUCCUCCCGGAAGAGGAAAAUCUUUCCUACUGAAUUAGAUGCUAAUAAAUACGGGGUUAGGGAUCUUCGAGAAUGUCUGAGGAAAAGUCGAAUAACUGAUGGUCUUUCAACAGCUCGAUUACCAAGAAGGCAUAAAUCAUCUCAGCUGAAUGGUGAGAGUCAGGGAGGGCGUCGGAGGCACGGUGUAACUAGGCGGCUUCAUGGAAGAUUGGGAUCAGAGGUGGGACACAAUUCUGUUGAAUCACUUGGAGUUUCUGGAGCUCUUUCAAAUGGUGACAAGCGUCGCGGCUUUCCUAGGCAUUCAAUGCGGAAUAGGUUGAGGCAGCGCUACGAGGCAAAAAUGAAUGCCAAACCGCGGUAUCCUGCAUCUGAAAUCUCAAGGAAAGAAUUUACGAGUGAGAGGAUAUCAACUCAGGCAUCUAGUGUGUUUUCAGGACCAAAGACCCUUUCACAGAUUAGAGAAGAGAGGAGAAAAAAGGAAGAAAACAGGGAUUGCUGUAGAAAAGUAGAACAUUCUAAUACAACUGCAUCUGCAGAUUUCCAGGGUCCUAAACCUCUGACUGAGAUCCUCAAGAAUAAAAGGAGGCUAUGUUCUGUUGUGGAUGGUGAUAUUAGCAGCAGCUAAGUGGAGAUCUGUACCUAAAGGAAACAGGAGAAUUCAGUUUCAAGUGCUAUUUUUUUACUAGCCUUUUGGGUGAUAAGACUGAGAGUGAUAUUCUUAAAUGUGAUGGGAUCCUGUUGCUUGAAGAGUACUCUCUUAUUCCUGCCAUUUUGUCUGGUAUUCUUGUACCGUGUGAGUUACUCAGUCCGACCAAUGCAUUGGCAUUGAAAUUUCAAUCUAGUUGCUUUGUCUAUGGAGCUGUGCUUUUA